CCCCCUGCCGUCGUGCGGCAGCAGCCUUUCAGAAUGACGGCCGUGGCGCUGGUGCUGCCGACGGACGCCGCGUCGGACGGCGAAGGCGGCGUCGUCGUAGACCGCUCGCCGACGGCGCCCGCGGCCGCGCCGCCGCCGCCGCCGCCGCCGCCUAAGGAGCUGGUCAUGGUGGCGCGCGCCGUGCAGCGGCUCGUGGCGCGGAACGACGCGGUGGCGGCGCCGGACGGGCGCGGGGCCGGGGGAGGGAUGCGGGCGUUCGAGGCGGCGAAGGGCGCGCCGGCGCCGCGCAUCGGCGUGCCCGAGUACCUGGAGCGCGUGCACCGCUACGCCGCGCUGGACCCGGAGUGCUACGUCGUCGCGUACGCCUACGUGGACAUGGCCGCGCACCGCCGGCCCGCCGCCGCCGUCGCGUCCAGGAACGUGCACCGCCUCCUCCUCGCCUCCCUCCUCGUCGCCUCCAAGGUCCUCGACGACUUCCACCACAGCAACGCCUUCUUCGCGCGCGUGGGCGGCGUGAGCAACGCGGAGAUGAACAAGCUGGAGAUGGAGCUGCUGGACCUGCUCCACUUCGCCGUCGCCGUCGACCACCGCGUCUACCACAGGUACCGCGAGCACCUGGAGACGGAGAUGCUGCGCAGGGACUACCACCACGGCCUGAUGCCCGUGUCCGGCAGCGCGGCGCCCAGCAAGCCGAGAACGACCGCGUCGUCCGUCGUCAACAACCCGCCUCUGCCGCCGCCGUUGACGGAGGGUCGUCGUCCGGCCGAAGCUGGCGACGACGGCGACGACCGCGAGGAGCACGAGUACCGGAAGGUGCCCAACGGCCUGCCGGCGGUCAACACUAUGACGACGUCGUCUCUUCGAGAGCUGUGGACCUUCGAUUACUAGCAGUAGCUGUCCAAACUAAGAGUGUGUGUGUCUACGGUGUACCAGGAGUACUGUUGCGUGCAACUGUGCGUGCUAAUCCAAUUCCAACGUGUAUAUAUAUCUGCAGAGCUGUGUUUGUGCCUUACAUGCAUAUACGGACGCUGAGACAGUGUAAAACUGAAGAUCAAGUCAUUGAGCCACUGUCACGCAUGAUGCAUCGACUGAAAUUAAACCGGUGUCAAUGCAAUGGUGUGGAUGGUGCCACACAUCGAAAUUAA